CUUCUUAUACCUUCAAGACUCCUGGGGAUGCUCCCGGUUGCGACUGUUGCGACUGUUGGUGAGUGAUCGACCGCCCACUUGGUCUAACCUCCGCACUGAGCGCCGUCUCCUCCGCACUUCUUUCUCAACUCGCCUCUUCCGAGGACCUCAACACUACAUGGCCCGGAAAUUAAGUCACCAGAGGAUCACAUAUGUGCUACCUCUGCCUGAUGCCCCUGGCGGUCAUCGGCUGGGGGUAAACGGCCUAGAAAUCGACACAGAUAACUCUAUCCUGUAUUCCGCUGGUCGCGAUGGUGUCAUCUGCUCAUGGGAUCUAAAUUCAUCACUGAAGUCAUCGUCCCCUCCCACCUUGGGCGCUUCGAAACCGGCUCCCACGACAUUCCGAAACCAAGUCCAGGCGCACAGCCAUUGGAUCAAUGACAUUGUUCUAACGAAGAACAACUCUGCCCUAGUCUCUGCAUCCUCCGAUACUACUGUACGACUAUGGCGACCGCAUUCCGAAUGUACGGAAGUCUCGGACCCUAUCGGGAAACAUGCGGAUUACGUCAAAGCGCUGGCUACACCGGGGAGCCAUGCCUCUUGGGUCGCAUCUGGAGGUCUAGAUCACAAAGUCUACCUGUGGGAUUUGAAUCGCGGUGGGGAGAUAUUGAAUAUUGACGCCUGCGGAGGGGAUAGCACGGCCAAAGGGUCUGUAUAUGCGCUUGGAGCUGUGUCUUCUGUGAUCGCCAGCGGCGGUCCAGAGAGUGUGGUCAGAGUGUGGGACCCCAAAUCCGGGAAGCUGAUCACCAAAUUUGUCGGACAUACAGAUAACAUUCGAGACAUUCUGGUAAAUCGUGACGGGGAUACGAUCAUGACGGCAUCG